AGCCUUAGGAAUAUGUGUAGUUUAACACAAUCCUGGUAAAUUCUACUUUAAAAUAACUACAGGUUGCUCUUCGUUUUCACGUCACGGAGUUCAGCAUUCAGCUUGAAUUACAGCUAGCUGGUUCCUCCGACAAGUCAUACCGGUUACCCUGACUCGUCAUGUAAAUCGAGCGUCCCCUCCGUGUCGUGAUUCAGGAAAUCUAGUAGCCUUGGUGACGGAGAGCUAGUCACACCCCCCCACACUCAUCUCACCUGUCCUGUUAAGAUCCACAAUAACACCCGCAGCGAUGACUUUUGGUUGACUAUACGACUUUUCCCGACAAUGGCGACAGCCUACAUGACUGGAAAAAUGCUUCAUCAUCAUCAUCAUCAUCGUCGUCGUAGCCGUACACCCAUGUCUUUGCCUGUCAAAAAUACUCUCUAAAAAUCUGCAGUGAUUUUUUUUUUUUGUUGUGAGAUUGCGUAUAUCCUACAAGAAAAUUACAAAUCCCUGCGGGACAAUUGUGAUAUGAUGGGAUAUUAAAGAUCCAGUCAAACAGAUGUAAUUCUUCGGCAGUACAGCAACACUAGUGGCCCUUCAAGAUAAAGUGAAGUGAUUUUUCUUCCGCACGACAGUAGCAGGUGUGUGUGACUGAUUACCAAAUGUGACUGGACAUAAGGAUAUCCUGGUCUAACUCCCUCACACCCUAAGGAUAUAGAUUAAGGUUUUGAUUGCAGGAUUAACAGUAGCCAUGAACAGCCCAGCUCCGGACAUUGUGAAAGGGUACCCGAGUGGACUUAUGGCGGACAAAGAUAUCAAUCCGGAGACAACCUUGGGGAGUGCCUACUCUCCCGUGGACUACAUGAGCAUCACCAGCUUCCCCAGGCUGCCAGAGGAUGAUAUGCUGUCCGGGGAAAACACCCUGAAGUCGCGCAAAGAUGACGACAACGUCCUGAGUGAGCAAGAUACAGACCCAGAUUUGUUUCUGAAGUCGGCUCGCCUUCAGCGUCUCCCCUCUUCAGCUUCAGACCUGGCUAGCAAUGAUAUGGCAACCUUGCGCGAGACUACCAGAGACCCCUUCACCGAAGACUGUGCCUGCCAGAGAGAUGGACUAACUGUCAUCAUUACAGCCUGUCUCACCUUUGCCACAGGGGUCACCAUAGCCCUCAUCAUGCAGAUCUACUUUGGAGACCCACAGGUCUUUAACCAAGGAGCAGUGGUGACAGAUGUGGCCCAGUGUACGUCCCUUGGCUUUGACGUUCUGGGGAAACAGGGGUCCAGUGUUGAUGCUGCCAUCGCUGCUGCCCUCUGUUUGGGAAUUGUCCACCCUCACACUUCUGGUGUUGGAGGCGGGGGAGUCAUGUUGGUGCACGACAUCCGUAAGAAUGAGACGAGGGUAAUAGAUUUCAGAGAGACGGCACCGUCUGCCAUCCACGAGGAGAUGCUGUACACAAACCUUGACCUGAAUCCCGGCCUGCUGGUGGGAGUACCGGGCAUGCUCAGUGGGAUGCAUCAGGCACACCAGCUCUACGGCAGAAUGCAAUGGAAGGAUGUGGUUACCAUGGCAGCAGAUGUGGCCAGAAAUGGAUUUAAUGUUACUCAUGACCUAGCUGAAGCUCUUGCUCAGGUUAAGGACCAGAACAUGUCGGAUGCAUUUCGGGAGUUGUUCCUCCCUAACGGACAGGCUCCCCUCUCCGGGCUGUUCACCAGGCGUCUUGAUUUGGCAGCCAUCUUUGAUGCAGUCGCAGAGAAGGGGAUAUCGCAGUUCUACAGUGGAAACCUGACGCAAGAAAUGGCAGCAUCUGUGCAAGCAAGAGGCGGAGUGCUCACAGAGAAUGAUUUUGGAAACUACAGCACAGUGUUACAAGAACCAGCAGAGAGCAUCUAUCAAGGCCACCAUGUGAUGGCGGCCCCGGCCCCGCAUGCAGGUGUCGCCUUGGUCACUGCUCUCAACAUCCUGGAAGGCUUCAACAUUACCAGCCAAGUGCCCAGGAACAGCACCUACCACUGGAUUGCAGAGGCUGUGAAGAUAUCUCUUGCCUUGGCUAGUGGGCUUGGAGACCCCAUGUAUGACACUUCUGUCUCGGAGAUUGUCACCAAGAUGCUGAGUAAAUCACAGGCUUCCCUGCUCCGCCAGAUGAUCAAUGACUCUCAGGCCUUCCCUGUCAAUCAUUACACUUCAUCAUUUACCCUUGAGAAGGGUUCAGCAGCCGCCCAAGUCAUGGUCAUGGGUCCAGACGACCACAUCGUGUCAGUCAUGAGCUCGCUAAACAAACCAUUUGGCAGCGGGAUAGUGACUCCUUCAGGAAUCCUCUUGAAUAGCCAGAUCCUGGACUUCUCCUGGCCUAAUAAAACAAAGAGCUCAUCACCGAACCCACAUAACAGCCUCCAGCCUGGGAAGAGGCCCAUGUCCUUUUUGAUGCCCACAGCAGUCAGGCCAGCUGUGGGGUUGUGUGGCACAUAUGUAGCUGUUGGAUCUUCCAAUGGAGAUAAAGCUCUCAGUGGCAUCACACAGGUGCUGAUGAAUGUUCUGUCCUCGCGUAAAAAUAUGAGUGACAGUUUAGCAUAUGGAAGACUCCACCCACAGCUGCAGCCCAACACCCUCCUGGUGGACUCUGAGUUUCUUGAGGAAGAUGUGGAGCUGCUGCAAGCCAAAGGUCACAAAGUGGAGAGAAUAGAGCUUCUCUCGUUGGUCGAGGGCACCCGGAGAACCAAUGACAACAUCAUUGGGGUGAAGGACCCACGUAGUGCUGAUGCCUCUGCCCUCACUAUGUCCAACAUGCCCUAGUGCCAAUGUCGGUAUGCCCUAUUUCACAGCCUCGAGUAAUAUUCAGUUCCACUGUAGGUAGUGUUUAAAAUGUAGGGCAUAAGGCACAGAGAUGCAAAGCGUGUUAAUUCAGAUCAUGCAUUGCAAUCCACUUAAAAAAAGCAGUAAACUUAAAGCAGCUCAUUGUGAAUUUUUUAUGCACUAAGUGGAUGUGAGGAGAAGACAGUGGAAAAGUGUAAUGGCUUUGAGUGGCAGCAAGUUUUUGGCCCGUGAUGUAUCGAGCAGAACAUUCAAAAGUGUUGCACUUAGACUAUAGAUCAGGAAUUCUGAAACUGAAAAUGAAUGAUAAAUAUACUGAUUUGAUGCAAGAAUGUGCAGAAAUGAGAAAAGUAAUGGUGCCACAUGUGGAAGCCGCCAUUUAUUACACAUGCAUGGUCCAUUUUAGUCCAUCCAAGUCAAGUCUGCUCUUCAGUUCUUCCACUGAAGAAUUUGACCAUUCUCUCAAAUGACACAUGAAAUCACUUAGUGAAGUUAAUAUUUAAACCUGGGAUUAAGCUUUGCACUGUCACACCUCAAUUACACUAUUCUGACCUGAACAGAGAGGCUAAACUGUUUAUUCUCCUGCUCUUUAUAUGGUGUGUAACUGUGAUUAUAUGUUGUUUGGUGAAGCUGCUGGAGUUUUAACUGUUGUGAACAAUCAGUGGCUCCUUGAGACCAUGUUAAGACUAACACAUCAUUUACACAAAGUAUGUUGCACAGAAUUACAGCAAGACCUUCACGUCUCGACUGAUUUCCUUAAACAAGAGGACUCGCUUCAGAUGUUAUAUAGGAUAAAUGUAUUCAAAUACAUAACUUGAGAAAUUUUAGUUGUUGCAUGAUUUAGAUUUCAUUUGAAGCUUGCGGCUUACAUUCUUUUAUUGAGAGUGGGAAUACUUUUAGAAUGGGAAUAGUCUGAUUUGUUACAGAUGGAUUCAAUAUAAUCUGUCUAUUUUUAUAUGGAGAUUUGUUGAGCAUUGCAUUGUAUCAUCACAUUUUAGAAAAGCCUGUUUUUUUGUGCGUGUACUUGUAUGAUUAUUUCAUAGUAUAUUUAAAGUAUGAAUCAACAGUUUUUUGUAAAGCAUUGCAUUCUGUAAGUGGGUCUAUUUAAUUUUAGAAUGGCCAAUGCAAACUGAUCAAAUCUGUCCUUAACCUUAUUGUCUCUGUUGUUGGGCACUAGUGCAAUAUGACUGUUGAUGCUUGUUUCUUGUACUGUAGAGUGCCAUGCCUUAAGGUAGACACUUGCACACUACCAGAUAUUUGAUUUCAUGUGCAUUUAUAUAUGAUUUUAAUGAAAAAAACAACACUGUCCAAACCGAAGAAAUAAAACGUUUGCACAAAUCGCUGAA